AUGAAGUACAUUAUUGCGAUGUGCUUAAUUGCUUUUGUGGCUUGUGACAAGUAUCCAACUUUUGGCCAUCGAAGUCAACACUUGAUUAAGAACAAGAUGUCUAUGGCGAAAAGGAAGAGUUCAAGAAUCAUCAACGGAGAAGAUGCGGACAUCAGUGAAUUUCCUUGGCAAGCGUCACUUCGGAUUUUCUCUCAUCAUGUAUGUGGCGCAGCCGUUAUUGCGACAAGAACAGCAGUCACUGCCGCUCAUUGUGUUAAAGGCAGAUCACGGUCAUUUACUCUCAAAGUUGGUUCAACAAAGCUUUCAGGACAUAAGGGGACUGUUGUUGCAGUAAGAAAGAUCAUUACCGUAAGUAUACAUCCACAUUUCAAGAAAUUUCGCAACGACAUAGCGAUCCUUAAGUUUGAUAGAGAUAUAGCAGGACCAUCACAUCGCCUGGCCAAAACAAUUGCAAUUCCCAAGAGCGACGACGACUUUGCUGGAGCAAAAUGUAUCAUUACAGGAUGGGGGAGGAUCUUAGACGUUAAUGGUUCAUUAAUUCGUACCAACAAACUGCAGAAGGCACGGACCAAAGUACUCACUGUGUCAGACUGUAAGAAGAGGGCGGGUAAAAGCUUUAUCAAGAAAAGUCAUGUGUGUGUGUACACCGGAUAUAAUGGAGCUUGCUUUGGUGACAGCGGUGGAGCACUCAGCUGUGGGAAAGUGCUUGUUGGCGUUACGUCAUUUGGUCAUUUUGGCUGUGCCGUCAAUCAUCCUAGUGUCUAUACUAGAAUAAGCUGCUACAGGGAUUGGAUCCAAAAACACAUCAGAUAG